AAGGAACUAGUGGAUACCAAGAUGUAUAUACAUUUUAUCAUUGAAAGGAACUUUGUAAUUUCGAAAAUUUUCUCUUUAUAAUUUCGGAAAAGAUGGUGCUUCUUCAUUGACUAAUAUAUCGUUUUGCAAUUCAUUGCGUUGUCUUAAUAAUAAUAAUUUGUGGACCGUCUUGCCUACUAGUGCUGGACCACACCUCACCGCUUCUAGGAUUCUAUUUCUAACAUCAUCACAUUAAAUUAUACUCCAUGUUUUUUUUUUUGUAAAUGUAUACUAUCAUUUUCUCUUAAUUCACCGUUAAGAUAUAAAAUCUUAAUCAACCUCUAGCAACAUAAUUCCAAAAACUUUAUUUUGAUAUGAAUUUCAAGAGUUCUUAUAUGCAAAGUACCGUUACACCCAAACAAACGGUAUAAAAACGGAACAGACAACAAAUAUUGAACAAUAUAAGUGGUCUCCUCCGUCCAUGGGUGUCAUAAAGCGUGUAACAGUGAUGGAGCAUGCAUGGGAGAAGGAUGCACGUGUAAGUGGAUUGGGCUUGGUUUUCAUAGACUCCUAGGGCGUUUGUGAUAUCGUUUGGAAAGAUGUCGAGUAACCAAACACUCACGCAAAAAAAAUAUAUGAAAAAAAGACAUUUCCUUACAAUCGGUUUCAAUUAUUUGUAUCGAGUAACUGGAGUGGGGUACGUCUGCACAUGCUUCAUUUCAAAUGCGUCGCCAAAAGUUAAAUAAUACACUCACACGUAUGUAUUUUUUAUAGUAUACAAUAUUUUAAAAAGAGCUUAUACAAUAUUUUGCAAAUGGUAGGAGAUAACACCACAUGCUUUGUUUUUCUAUUUUUGGCAACUGGUGAUCACUGUGCAGCCUCUCUAUAAAUGAUGUAUAUAUCUACUCAAAUGUUUUUUGAAAUCAAUUGGCAUUAGUUUUGAUCAGAUGAUGGUUAACCAAUUAGCGAUAAUUAGGGAUACAUAUGCUAGCUUAUCAAAAUCAAAUAUGAAACAUGUUUUAUAACCUAAUGAAUCAAUGAUUAAAACCAAAUCCAGAAGCUCACUAAGAGCUCGAAGAUCGGCGAAUCAAAUCCGGAAAGGUGAUUGGAUAGAAAGAGAGCCACCUUCGAGAAUCCUAGAAUCGUGAUGAUUGAUAGAUGAUACAUCACAGAUGAUGAUGAUCGAGUGAGAGAGAGAAAGGAAGGAAGAGAUCAGAGAAGAAGAUAAUUGUUUUCUGAUUGAUUUCUCAAAUGGUCCAAUGACCUACAUAUGUAGUUUGCAUAAUUAAACCAAACUUAGAUACCAAAAUACUAAACCACAAAUUAGAUAAAACGAGAUAACCAGACUACUAAUCCAGUAAUCCUAUAACACAAUAUUCUUUUGUCAUCAAUAUUUAAGACAUGCUGAUUAGCUGGGUUUCAUAAGUGACUAUUUGGUUCUAGUCAGAUUAGCUGAUUUAGCCUUCGAAAGUUUUGGUCAGUCAUCCUCAUCAUACUCUCUUGCAUAUAGGAAACUCCUCAGGGUGUUACAACAAGGGUUUCAACGUAAAUAGUAAGAAAACGACAUCGGCGUUAGCAGUAAUGGGCAUGUACGCAAAGCCCAAAUAAACCCAAUCUUAAUCACAGGGAAAUGCCAAUUUCUUCAAGUGAGGGAGGACAGAAAACAAAACGCAACCCGUAAAUAGUAGGCAGUGUGAAACCUUGAGGCGGUGGAGGAUGUCUGCUUAGCUGCAGAGAUUCGACGGUUAUUAUUUCCGUUGCACUGAUCUAAUUCAGAUUGCACAUACCAAUUGCUAACGUUUCUUACGUUAUUUGCCAUCUUUCUAGUUUUGAUUGCUGUUUAUUUUGUUCUUUUUACUAGUAUGAACAUACCCUUUGUAGAAGGAACUUUUAUACUGAUAGAUUCCAUUCAAUGUUUCUCCCUUCUUUUCAUAUCGCAGAAAUUCAAAAAAGUUAAGGAGUUGAAAAUUUUGGAUAUUAUAUUCCUUUGACUAUGUUCCUCAUUUGGAUAUUUUUCAUUUUUAAUGUUGAUUAUCAUCCCUAGAUUGGAUUCGUACUAAUAUUUGUUUGUAGGCAACUUGUAGUACAACUGAUUCUUUAUUGAAGUUCAAUGAUAAUAUUCAACAGUCAAAAACUGAACUUUGAACGUUAUAUUAGAUCAAGUGGUUCACUUUCCCAUUUCGCACAAAAGCUAAGUUAUUGACUGCACUUUUUAUUAAGAUUCUUCUUUGUGUCAUGCUUUUUGUUCAUAUACUUAGAAUUUGAACGAAAGAAACAAUCUCUUAAACACAACACUAUAAUACCAACCAAUACUUAGUGUUCGUAUUUUAAUACAUUUGGAACGCAAUUGAAGUUGAUGAUAGGAGAACGGUUAUUAUUCAAUAGAGUUGGUCUACCCUCGACGUUGUGUUUGGCUCCCCGAGUAUCAAAACUAGUUGAGUCCACACAGGAGGAUAUUUAAAAGUUAUAUUCUGGUUCGUAUGAGAUCCUUAUUUUAUUAUAUCUUAUUACAUCUUUUCAACAUAUUAGAAAUCUAUAAUACGGUCAAACCACGUGAGUUCACCUAGACAACACGCAUGUAUUGAAACUUAUAUAGUUUAUUGAUAAUUUGAUAUAAUUACUGUGUAUAUAAUUUUAUAUAUGCGUAGCAACUACGGAUAACGACAUGUUUGAUUUUCGACAAUAUUAGUACAUCAUACAUGUGUUUUCUUUGUCCCGGUAAUAUUACAUCAUCAACGAUCUAAUAACUUUCCAUGUUUCCUGGACUUUUCUGCAUACUAAUUAAUAGGACACCGAUAUCUAAGUUGUAAACUAUCACUUUUUCAUUUUUGAUUUACAUAUAAUAAAUUGUCUAAAACCUUAUAUAUUUUUAAGAGAUAUCUUUUAAUACAACAAAAGGUUUUAUUUCUACAAAUACCACACUUUCAAAAAAUCACAAAUUGCCUAUAGAAAUAGGUUAAUAUUUUAAAAUGUUUUUAGCAAAAGUGAUCGGGUUUUAAAGCAUUUUCCCAUAUAUAUGUGAUAAUAAAAUUAAAUUAGUACCGGCUUUCGUUAAAAUAUUGCGUGUAUAAUAAUAGUCAAAGUCAUUCGUAACUGACCCAACACCAAUUGAAUGGCAUAAAAAUAAUCAUUAGUUUGAUAAACGUUCACCUAUAUAAAUACGUACAUAUAUAGAACUUUUUAUUCAGAGAGACUUAGUAGCUGAUAUAUCGAUGUAGUGAAGAUGAGUUGUGAAGGUAAGGACCAAGAAGAAGAAGAUGAAGCAAUACUUCCGGGAUUUAGAUUUCAUCCAACUGACGAAGAGCUAUUAGGGUUUUAUCUUCGAAGAAAAGUAGAGAACAAACCCAUCAAACUUGAGCUUAUCAAACAGAUUGAUAUCUACAAGUUCGAUCCUUGGGAUCUUCCUAGAGUGAGCAGCGUUGGGGAAAAGGAGUGGUACUUCUUCUGCAUGAGAGGCAGGAAAUACAAGAAUAGCGUUAGACCAAACCGCGUCACCGGUUCAGGUUUCUGGAAAGCCACCGGUAUUGAUAAACCGGUUUACUCCAAUUUUAACUGCAUCGGUCUAAAGAAAUCUUUGGUUUACUAUCUUGGCUCCGCCGGUAAAGGCUCCAAAACCGAUUGGAUGAUGCAUGAAUUCCGCCUCCCCUCCACCACAAAAACCGACUCAACAGCUCAACAAGCAGAGGUCUGGACACUAUGCAGAAUCUUCAAACGAGUCACACAUCACAGAAACCCAACCAUCAUACAACAAAACCGUAAACCGGUUAUCACCUUAACCGAUUCAUGUUCUAAGACGAGCAGCUUAGACUCCGAUCACACCAGUCACAGGGUCGUAGACUCCUUGCCCCACAAGCUACACGAGCCACAAACGCAGAAUCCUUAUUGGAACCAACUUACUACGGUUGGUUUCAAUCAGCCAACAUAUACUUGUCAUGAUAACAACUUCCUGAGUUUCUUGAACAUCAACGGUGGAGAUUUUAUUGGAGACUCAGCAAGUUGGGAUGAACUUAGGUCUGUUAUAGAUGGAAACACUAAACACUAAUAAUAAUUUUCUCCUUUAUUUUUUUGGAGUUUUGUAUAAAGGAUAAAGUAAACUCAUUGCUUUUGUUGUGUAAGCUGAUAAAAUACAUAUGACACUACUCACCUUAUUUAA